AACAUUUUUAAAAUUCAACGGUUUUCCCCAAAUUUUAAUUGUUAAAUGACACUGGAAUUUUUGUGCUUGUGUCAUUUUGACUUUUUGAUGAAAUUUUUGGCAAUUAUAACAUGAAAAUAAAAGAACAACGUGGCGAUCAUGUUAUGGAGGAAUUGGGAGAAUCAGAGCUGGGUACUCACGAGUAUUGGGAGGGCAGAUACAAGACCGAAAUCAAAAACUUCACAAGUCAUGGAGACCCAGGUGAAAUAUGGUUUGGAGAGGAUAUAGUGGACAGGAUAAUUCGAUGGUUGCAGAAACAAUCCACAAUACCCAAAGAUUGUAAAUUGGUUGAUAUCGGUUGCGGGAACGGUAUGUUCUUAAUCGAAUUGGCCAACGAGGGAUACAGCAAUUUGUACGGCACCGAUUAUUCGGAAGAGGCCAUAAAAUUGGCGGUGUCUAUUGCCGAAAAAAAUAACGUCAGCGUCCGCUAUUUUCAACACGAUAUUACUGAAAGUUUCACAGAUACUUACAAAAUUGUACACGAUAAAGGCACGUAUGAUGCGAUUAGUUUAAGUAAGGAAUCAGCAGACAACCGACGAAAAUAUAUUAAUAACGUUCACUCAUGUUUGGAAGAUGAUGGUUAUUUAAUUAUUACGUCUUGUAAUUGGACUGAAAGUGAAUUGCAAGAACAUUUUAAAGAUAGUUUUGUUAUUGUUGAAGCGAUACCGACUCCGCAAUUUAAAUUCGGUGGGAAAGUGGGGAAUGUUGUAACAUCUAUAGUGUUUAAGAAAAAAUAAAAUUUCAAUUAA